AGAUGAACUGGUUUGAAAGCACCAGAAGGCAAAUCUCUAAUGAAAGUGUACUACUACAGCAGUAGAUUGCAGCUGAUACUGGCUUUACAACUGAAGUCUCCCCUGUGAAACACUGACUUUGGUUUGGAUAGGGAUGAUCCUGCCUCAGACAAGGGAUUGUUGGAGUAGAUGACCUAUGAAGGGCCCUUCCAGCCCUUCUCUCUGAUUCUAUGGUUUCUGGAUGUCAGCCUCUGAAAAGAAAUGAAGUUGUAAGAGCACAAUUUCUACCUGAUCAGUACACCUGAAUUAUUGUCUAAUGCAGUUAAUCUACAAACACCAAAGAUGCUGACAAGAAAGAUUAAGCUUUGGGAUAUUAAUGCCCAUAUAACCUGUCGUCUGUGCAAUGGAUACCUGAUUGACGCUACCACUGUAACGGAAUGCUUACAUACCUUCUGCAGAAGUUGCCUGGUGAAGUAUUUGGAGGAAAAUAACACUUGUCCAACAUGUAGAAUUGUUAUACAUCAGAGUCAUCCACUGCAGUAUAUUGGUCAUGACAGAACAAUGCAAGAUAUUGUUUACAAACUUGUACCCGGCCUCCAAGAAGGAACACUUUUGACAAUAAUGGAUAUGUUCAAUGGAUAUGUUCAACUACUAUAUACAACAGCUGAAAUGAAAAAGCAGAGGGAGUUCUAUCACAAACUGGGCAUGGAAGUACCAGGGGAUAUCAAAGGGGAGACAUGCUCUGCAAAGCAACACUUAGAUUCACAUAGGAAUGGUGAAACUAAAACAGAUGAGAGUUCAAACAAAGAAGCAUCAGAGGAAAAACAGGAAGAAGAUAAUGAUUAUCACAGAAGUGAUGAGCAGGUAAGCAUCUGCUUGGAAUGCAAUAGCAGCAAAUUGCGUGGAUUGAAAAGAAAAUGGAUCCGCUGCUCAGCACAAGCAACAGUCUUGCAUCUAAAGAAGUUCAUUGCCAAAAAACUUAACCUUUCUUCUUUUAAUGAGCUGGAUAUAUUAUGCAAUGAAGAAAUACUUGGCAAGGACCACACACUCAAGUUUGUAGUUGUUACUAGAUGGAGAUUUAAGGUAAAAAUCAAUUCCUUUGUCAUGAUUUCCCUUAUUCUGGG